AUGUUCGGUAAUUUACCGCCUACAACACACCUACAAAUUCCAUUUGAGCAGCCUAACAACAUUGGAAAGAAAUAUUGCCAACAUUUUAAAUGCAGUGGAAUUAUUUUUGCAAAGACAAUUUCAAAAUUGAACUUUGCGAAUUUCAUCUUAGUUUGGAAAGUUUCGCACAAGACUAUUGUAGGAUAA